AUGUCCUCGGAACCUGACCUCGAUGGUUAUGAUGUGGACACAAGCAUUUGUGUAUCAGAUGGCCAAUCUGACAUACCUCAUAUGACUCCGUCUGAUGAUCUUCUCCUGGAUCCUGCCAGUGCAUUCUGGAAUCCAGAGCGAGUGUCUCUGUUGAGAGCACAACUUUUGAUGCCUCUUGUCUCUGUCGAAAUAGUUGAAGCAGUCCUGAUCUUGGCUACUAUCCCUGAUCCUGAGAGUCUCACUCCACUUGCCUCUGUCAAAAUGGUCCCAGUCUUGGCUACUAUCCCUGAUCCCAAGAGUGUGACAGAGCUGGAGAGCAAACCCAAAGUGUGCACUGCUCUUCCUCCUGUUGUAACAACUCCAAAGCCCAAGAAGGACUGGACUGACUUUUUUGCAACACCAAGCCCACCUUCUCCAAUGUCCAACUACUGGAAGUAUGUGACACCAGAGGAGGAUGCUUUAUGGUAUGAUCGUGCUGGGACAGAUGAUGGCUUUCAAGUUGUUCAUCAAAUGAAGCAAGAGCUUUGUGAGAUCAAGUAG